UGUAUAAAAGGGUCCAGCGAGCCUCUAGAUUUCAUGCAAAAGCGACAACUAGCAAAUUAGAUCUUCUAAGAGAAACUUUCGAUAUCAGCAGGUUCAUUCUUCAAGCAUUUCGACUUUCCUGUACCCGUCAAGCCGAAGAUAAUAUACGAAUCUAUUACCUAUAUUCAACGAGCCAACAUUAUAUUCGGCGAAUUUUUAGAAUACAUCAAGAAGAAUUUGAGGCCUAUCAUCAGCAGGACCGUAUAUCUACGCCAUUUUAGAAUUCGAUCCAGUGAAAGCAACAGUACCAUCAGCAAAUAUGACUACCUUUGAAGACGAUAUCGCCGCCCUGGUCAUCGACAACGGGUCUGGUAUGUGUAAAGCUGGUUUCGCCGGGGACGAUGCGCCUCGAGCUGUCUUUCCUUCGGUGGUCGGACGACCUAAGCACCAGAUAAUAAUGACUGGUAUGGGGAAUAAGGACAGCUACGUCGGAGACGAGGCCCAGGCAAAGAGGGGAAUUCUAGCCCUCAAAUACCCCAUCGAGCACGGCAUCGUCACCAACUGGGAUGAUAUGGAGAAGAUCUGGCAUCAUACGUUCUACAACGAGCUCCGUGUCGCCCCCGAAGAACACCCGAUGCUUCUCACUGAAGCCCCGAUGAACCCUAAAGCUAACAGGGAAAAGAUGACACAGAUAAUGUUCGAGACUUUCAACACACCUGCCUUCUACGUCGCCAUCCAAGCAGUCAUGUCCCUCUACGCCUCGGGUCGGACAACCGGAAUAGUCUUCGACGCCGGUGAUGGCGUCUCCCAUGUCGUGCCGAUCUACGAAGGGUACGCCCUCCCCCAUGCGAUCCUUCGUCUUGACUUAGCCGGUCGUGACCUUACCCAUUACCUCAUGAGGAUCCUCUCCGAGCGAGGCUACUCAUUUACGAGUUCAGCCGAGCGAGAAAUCGUACGCGACAUCAAGGAGAAGCUUUGCUACGUCGCCCUCGACUUCGAUCAGGAGAUGCAGGCAGCUGCUUCAUCAUCAUCCAUCGAGAAGAGCUACGAACUCCCAGACGGCCAGGUCAUCACCAUCGGCAACGAGAGGUUCCGAGCUUCCGAGAGCCUCUUCCAACCAUCUUUCCUCGGCAAUGAAAUCGCCGGCAUCCACGAGACAGUCUACAACAGCGUCAUGAAGUGUGACAUGGACAUCCGCAGGGACCUUUACGCCAAUACCGUUCUGUCCGGGGGCUCCACCAUGUUCCCGGGGAUCGCCGACCGGAUGCACAAGGAGCUCACCGCAUUGGCUCCUCCAUCGAUGAAGAUCAAGGUCAUUGCUCCACCCGAGAGGAAGUACUCCGUCUGGAUCGGUGGAUCCAUUUUGGCAUCUCUCUCCACCUUCCAAAAUAUGUGGAUCAGCAAACAGGAGUAUGACGAAAGUGGCCCCGGGAUCGUCCAUAGGAAAUGCUUUUAGACAGACUAUUCAUAGACAUUUCAGAAUAUCAGGACAUCUAUUACACGACAUGCGCAAACACAUGAUAUUUCUGUCCCCUUUAUAGUUUGCGGGGAUGGGGUGGCGAUCCUCUCAAAAAGGAUGUUGUUAAAAAUUCGAAUUCAAAGGAGGGGACACCUACCCCCCCCUCCAAUCACGGCUCAGGAUAAAAGGCAUUAGUAAACUUAUUUUCGAGGGCAUUCAGGAUAAAAGAACCUUCAAAUCACACCGACUAAACCAAAUGUUAGCCAACGAUUCAGGAAAGUUAGAGAGUUCAAUGUCGACAUGAGCCGAAUUAGAUCGUUUCUUAUCAUUGAUCUAUCAAUUAUAGACAAAACACUCUGAAGUAUAUUAGUGAUAGCCGCAUGGCAGAAUGCUACACUUUUCAAUCUAUAUCUAAUGCUUAUUGUGCAUGUUGGGCGUUUUCUAUCGAAUCCGUAUGGUGUAUUCGAAUAGUGAUAUGGUGUUAUACAUUGUAAAUACAUUGUUGACUUAUUAUUUAUCUGUUCAUUUCAACUUUCGUUAUAAUGUUUUUGUAAAUAUUUAUCCGACAUGCAAUAUCAUGAUUGUGUAUUCUUUUGUAUGAAGGGACCCCCUUAUCAUGGAACGGGAAGUUUUACAUUAACUACUGUCCUUUUGUUUUAAUAUUAACAACGGGUAAUCAUUAUGUACGUUAUCAGACAUUAAUAACUUUGUUUCAAUUUUUACAGAAAUCUUUUAUUGAUUUGUGUUUACGAAGAGAUGAAUUUCGCUGAAUAUUAGAUAUAUACAUAUUUAUAUUUGAAAAUAAAAU